UCGGUCUGUACAUAAAGUCGCGUACCUACCAUACUGGAUACGUAUGUUAUAACAAGACCACCCUCAUAACUUCGACCUCUCGACACUAUAACGGAUCCGUCCCGCAUCGCUCGUCGCAACGUCGGCAUCGUGCCAACUGACUUGAGCCAUCCACAACUCGACCGGCGCGAACAACCCUCCAAACCUCCCGAAAAUGCAAAGGGCAAGCUAUGCGCAGUCGCCGCCGCUGCACCACCCCGUGCCACAACAUGUUUCCACUGUACCGCAACUACGCUCGCCGCCGCCGCCGACCUCAUCACAGCCUCAGCAGCACGGUGCAUAUGGUAACGGGAACCCCUAUCAGCAAGGCACCCCCGCCGCCGGCGCUGGGAGCAAUGUCUUCGGGGCCUAUGGAAACUUCAUAAAUGACCCUAUGGCUGCCCAGUUCGUCGGCCAGGUCGGACAGAACGCCUUCAAGCAUGUCGAGCAAAACGUAAACCGAUGGGUCAACUUCUCUGCCCUGAAGCACUACUUCAAUGUGACCAAUGGCUACGUCAUCAACAAGCUGUUCUUAGUCCUCUUCCCUUGGCGCCACAAGCCCUGGUCGCGGAAACAGGCAGUUGGUCCUAGCGGCCAAGAGGGAUGGUAUUUGCCCCCAAGGGAUGAUAUCAAUAGCCCAGACAUGUAUAUUCCUGUUAUGGCUCUCGUCACGUACAUCUUGUUGUCGACCCUCCUAGCUGGCCUGAGGGGUCAGUUCCAGCCGGAGCUGCUAGGGUACACCGCCUCCAAGGCCGGUGUGGUUGUGGUGGUCGAAAUUAUUCUCCUCAAGCUUGGCUGCUACUUCUUGAGCAUAUCCAACGAAUCCCAGCUGCUUGAUCUCGUCGCUUAUUCGGGCUACAAGUUUGUCGGCAUUAUCGUGACGGUAGCCAUAGCAGAGCUUGUGAACGGCGGGAAAGGCACUGGAGGCUGGGUUGGCUGGUCGGUCUUCUUCUACACCUUCCUUGCAAACUCUCUCUUUUUGAUGCGAUCUUUGAGAUACGUGCUCCUCCCAGAGAGCUCGGGAGGCGAUGGAAGAGGGCCUAUGCAAACAGAUUCGAGGACGAAGCGAAACCAGAGAACACAAUUCCUCUUUACAUAUUCUUACUUGAUUCAGUUGAUGUUCAUGUUUAUUCUAUGCUAGAAGGGAGACGGAGGCCAACAACAUUCUAGCCCUCUAGUAUACAUGACACCAAGUUGUUCAAAAACUAGAAAAUGAUGUAAAUCAUUGUUCGUUUGCUGUGCAUGCAUAUGCGA